UUUUAACAGAUUGCAAAAGCAAAAUACGCGCAUCUCACCCACCACACAUCAAAGCAUAUAAACCAUACCCCAUUUGCUCAUUGGAAAUUAAAUUUUACAACUUUGCUGAAACAAACCCUGAUCGAUCGAUCCAGCUGUCCUAGAUUUUACCUAAACCCUGAAAAAUACACAAACAUCUAUAAUUAUGACAAUGACUGAGCUGAAAUCUACCUUUGAGUUGGAACCAAAUCCUUUCGAAAGAUCAUUUGCUACAAAGGAAUCGUCUGCAUCGCUAGAUAAGAUGAGCGACGGAGCAGAAGCAAGCAAGGUUACUAGUUCGUCCUCCACUAAUAAACACAAUUUACAUAUUCCAAACAUAUCCAAUUUGAACCUGAAUGGAAAAUUGCCAGCCUUGACACCUCCUAUAUUCACCCCUGGUGGAAGACGCCUACCACCAUUGUUAUCUCCUGGUGCUGUUAACGCCACUUCAUAUUCCAAUCCAGGCACUCCUGGGUCCGCCUUAUGGAACAACUUUCUUGCAAAUAAUAAUAUCUCUCAGCAGCAGCAGCAACAGCAACAACAACAACAACAACAUCAGCAAGGCCAACCUCAAAUAGGAGGUACUCAAAACGGAUACAACCUGUUCUUAUCAUCGGCUCGCAAAACAGGGCUUACACCAAACGAAUCAAAUAUAAGAACUGGUUUGACUCCUGGAGGCUUGAGUCAUUUCCCCUUUGGAAGUCAACUAGCUGUACCUGGACUUUCGACCCCCGGCGCUCUCCUCAACGGUCCAAUAACACCAGGGUUAUCUAGCUUAUUGGGCUUGACUCCAGGUAUAAAUGGAUCCCACCUAUCCUCUAUGUUACCACCAGUAAAUGGAAAUAGUGGAGCCUCUAGUCAGCCACCUCCACAGAUUUUACAACCACAGCCGGUUAUUCAUGAAGAACCUUACUCGGUUGCUCCUCCACCUGUGGUCCCACAAAUACCUACGCUGUCCAGCGCACCUCCUCUCGCUCCAGUCAAUGUACCACAACAAAAAGAGCAGCCCCCAGCAGAUGCAGACGAUACACCGCCCCGUCAAACCGUAGAAAUCAAACAAGAGAAUAGAAAGAGAAGCGGUGAUGAUUUGCUUGAUUCACCACCUUCAAAGAAGAAAUCAACCCGAGGAAAACGGCCCGGCACCGGUAAAAAACAAGCCAAAGAAGAACCAGACGCCAAGCAUUCUGAUUCAUCGUCUCCCAAUGAUUCACGCAACAAAUCUGAUGACGAAAAACGCAAGAAUUUCCUUGAAAGAAACAGAGUGGCUGCUUCCAAAUGUCGACAACGGAAAAAGCAAUUGGUUCAGAAAAUGGAAGAAGAGUUGGCAUUUUACCUGAAUGGUUACCGUGAAUUAUCAGCCCAAGUUACUCAAUUGCACGAUCAAUUGCUCAAUUUGAGAGGAAUCAUCGCUGGACAUAAAGAUUGCACAUUAUUGGCCCAGUCGGUCGGUGGAUUUGAAGCAAUUAAUCAAAUCGUACAACAGGCUGAUCUUGCCAUUCAAAUGAGUGCUGGUGGUCAAACAAAUAUGACAUCGAUGCCAUCAACCAUACCGACUAAUCUUCAUGCCCAACCUCAGGUUGUAGUUCAAGUUGCUAAGGACCCAAUAGUGCGAGGGUCAACUACGGCUACUCCAGAAUUAUACACGAAUACCACCACGCCUAUGGUGAAUGAUGGCAAUAACAAUACUACUAUUGCUUCUCAUCAUAGUUUAACUGAUUUGCGAUCCACAGCUGCUGCUCAGACAAUGUUACUAACUAGUAACGGAGGAAUGAAUAAUGGUGAUUUAAGAGCUAUUAAUAGUAUGUCCAACCUAGCUGCCAUGAAUCAAAGACAGUUUGUAUAAAUAAUUGGAUAGUUAUUUUUUAGUUGUCAAGUAGUAUACAUGAGAUGAAAUAGACCCUGCUCUGUUUU